AAUGAAAUUUUAUUAACCUUUUUUCAUAAAUCAAUCAAACUGAACGUUAAAACCUUAUUUAGUCCUGUUUACAAUCUUUCACGGUACAUUUUAGGUUAAGAAACGUGCAAAUUCCCUACCUGCUUCUAAUAAACUGGACGUUUUGCUUACUUUUUCCCGGAUUUAGGUUCCUUCCAUAAGCCACGAAUCGAGUAUCUUCGAGUAUUCACAAUUAUCUACACAUCUAUAAACAUACACAAUCUAUAUAAAUCAUGUCAUCCAAACGCAAAUCGCCCCCAAAUAAGCUAUCCAACGCCGGAUCUCCGUCACCGGGUGCUAUUGGAACAUCCCAACAGCAGCAGCAACAGCAAAUGGAGCGAAACAAUUUCAAAAAGAUUUCCCUCAAAAACGAGGACCUCAUCAAAUCGUCCCCGGUCAAGGAGCUGAAUUGUGCAUUUGAUGCUAGUUUUUUGUCGAUGCAGAAAAUGCAGGCCCAGAUGGAGCCAAAAUUUAUCAAAAAUGAACACAGCGAUUACUUGGCGGGGUAUCAGCAUCAUCAGCAACAGCAGCACCCGCACCAUUUUGGAGGGCUGGCCGGGAUUCCUGGGGCCGGCCAUCCGCUAUUUCUGGACGGAGACUUUCAUCAGCAGUUCAAUUUGCCAUUUUUGAAUGUGGCCAGCUAUAUCUUGAAGGGCUCGGAACCGCCACCGAUGGGCGGCAACAAGAGCGAUAACUACCAUUUGGCUAUGAAUUUGGAUGGGAUGAACAUUUCGGCUGGAGCGAGAGCUGGCUUGGGACAGUUCGAUGGACAGCAGCAGCAGACUCAGCACUCACAAGGACCUAUCGCUGGCAGCCCCAGGAAGGUCAACAAUUUGAUACUUAACCACUUGAAAUCGAUUGUGGAUAACUUUGACACUCUGAAUAAUAAUGUAAAUGAUAAAUCCGCCGGAACACCUCCACCGGGACCGACUGCUUCGCUUUCGACGGCCAACAAUUGCUCAACCGGCAGCACAAUGGACGAUCUACCGUCCGGAAAUGGAGCCGGGAAUCCAUUUUUAAAUAACAAUACGAACAGCCACAUGCUCGAUAAGGACAGCUAUGAAGGAUUCCGUUCCCGGCUGGACGAACGACUUAGCCAUCUGCAGCUGAGCAAACGGGAAAUCAAUCUGAUGCGGUUGAAUCUCAGCCUGUUGGAUUUCCCCAACGAGUUGCCACCAAGUUUGCUGAACCACAAUCGCUCCGCUUCACCGAGCCCCCAUGGCGAUGACUUGAACUGUAGCUCCUCGCAGAAUAAUCCCAACAUUAAAUUGAUAAAAAGAAGUUUCAAGGAGUCUCUCUACGAGAAGGAGAAAAACAUCAACCGGCUGAUCAUGUACUUUACCAUUUGGAGGGAGAUGCUGCUCAAGGCACAAUUUACCGGUAACAAAAAGUACAAAUACACCAACAAUUCCAACAAGUCGAACUUGGAUCCGAACUCGCUGCUCGGGCCCAGCUCGACAGUCGUCAGCACGCCGCAGCACGCUGGAUCGAGCAGCCCGACAACGGCCGAUCAUCCUUCGGCGACCAAUCGGAUCGGGUCGUCGAGUCUACCGAGGAGCGCUUCUUCGACAACGGACUGCGAUACUCCGGGCGAAGAGGCAAUCGAUGCGGAAAACUGCAUCCAACGUUAUCGGAACGUAUUCCAGGCUAUUUCUGGAGCUGGAGGAGGUGGGAUUAAACCUCCAGAGGGGGAUAAACUUAGCUUGCGUGGUAAGCAGUCGAGGAAACGUCCGGCAGGAUUUCCGUCCUCCUGCGAUGAUAUUAUUUUGAUGGACAGCAAAAACUCGCCGGUGGAUUUGCGUUCCGGUCCACCGACGCCAUCCUACGAGAAUGAGUACGGCGAUAAGACAGUUACAAGCAAAGAAGACCAAAGAUACCUGAAGGACGACGCACCGAUCAAUCUGUGUAAGCGGAAGAAUGAUCAACGCGAUAGUCCUCCGAUACGGGACGUGAUUAACAAUGGCAGCAAACUUUCGGGCGUACUGUUCAACCACUGCGAUCCGGAAGAUUUGAUGCACGACCGCAUCAUGGACGGUGGCGGAUUGCCGCAUGCCGUCUCGCUACUAGACAAAGAAACCGAAAAGUAUUUGCUCAAACCCAAGCGGGAACGUUUGGAGCCACCGGAACCGAGUCUGUUCGACUACGGAAAACCGGACGCGUUGAAGCCCAAACUGCAAGCUCUCUACCAAUCGCCUAGCCCUCAUCACCAUAGUAGUCCGGAUGAGAAGCAGUUGCUAGGCGACGCGGGAUUUUCAUUGCCGCAGCCAUUCUUUAUCAAGAAUCCGGACGCCCACGGGAGUCCGCUCAAUCCGACUGGUCUAUCGGUGCCAUUUAGUAGUAACGCCAUGUUAGACAACAUGAAUCGUCAUUUGAUGCGGCAACAGCAGCAGUUGAACGCGGCGGCAGCUGCAGCUGUUGCCUCUGGAUUACCCUCGGGUGGUGGAGGUGGAGGCGAAAGAGGAGGAGGAGGUGGAUCCAGUAAAAAAGACAAAUCCAACCAUCUGGCUGGGAUGGAUUUGGGGCCGGAUUUGGGUUCGGGUCGUCGCUCCGGCGGAGAAAAGAAUCACAUCAAGCGACCCAUGAACGCAUUUAUGGUUUGGGCUAAGGACGAGAGACGCAAGAUUCUCAAGGCCUGCCCCGAUAUGCACAAUUCAAACAUUUCCAAAAUUCUGGGUGCCCGUUGGAAGGCCAUGACAAAUUUGGAGAAGCAGCCGUACUACGAAGAGCAAGCCAAACUAUCGAAGCAACACAUGGAAAAACAUCCGGACUACCGUUAUCGACCGCGACCCAAACGGACCUGCAUUAUCGAUGGCAAGAAGAUGCGAAUCUCCGAGUACAAGAUGCUGAUGAAGAACCGCCGCCAGGAGAUUCGACAGUUUUGGACCCGGGACUUUGAUGGGGCCAGCCCGGAUCAGGACUGCUCGCUCGAUAACGGAGGCAAGCUGAUCAAGAACGAGGGCAUGUGAGAGGAGGCCAACGGUGGAGGACCAGCUGCUGGGCUGGGCUUUCUGCCUCCACCGGGGUGCUUCGGAAUGUAGGCGGUGGUCGUGAGGAGGAAGAUGAUGGUGGUGUGGUCGAGAAAUUUCCUCGCGUUAGUCAUUUGGCGGGAUAAAAUGGGUUGUUGUUGUAGUGAAACACGGACGAUGGAGAAAUUUAAGCACAUUUACUAUUUGGAGCUAAUAAACAAAAACAAG